UCGCCGGAGUUCCUCCGCGCCACUAGCGCAAUUCGAUGAAUUUCCGUUUGAGGAGAAGUGAGACUUCUACGGCGUUGGCUCCGAGGACACUCCAUUCCUGUUUCCAGAAGAAGUCUCGUUGACGACGGUGAACCUACCGGCACUGCGCUUUCACGGGAUUCGAUUGACUCCAUGGCGAAGAGGAAAGCAAAUGGCGACGACAAGCGUCCCACCCGAGACAAGAUGGACGUUGACGGCGAGGAGGAGGACGAGGAUGCAAGCCUCAUUGAUGUGGACUUCGAAUGGUUCGACUUUGACCCAGAAAUCGACUUCCACGGCCUGAAGACAUUGCUCCGUCAGCUUUUUGACGUGGACAACGACCUACUCGAUCUUUCCGAACUUGCCGACAUCAUCCUCGCGCAGCCUGAGCUCGGCACGGUCGUCAAAUGCGAUGGCAAAGAAAGCGAUCCAUUUGCUUUUCUAACCGUGCUAGAUCUCCAUCGCUACCAGGAGAAGGCCGUGAUGAAGCAGCUUACGCAGUAUCUACAGCAGAGGACCGCAGAUGUCGAAGGCAUAAGACAGCUGCGGGAGGUGCUUUCAUCAAACUCAAAGUCAAAGCUUGGCCUGAUCUUGUCGGAAAGGCUGAUCAAUAUGCCGCAUCAAGUCGUGCCCCCACUAUACAACUUUCUGCUUGAGGAGAUUCAGACUCCGAGUCCAAAAGGCUCAUCAGAAGCUCUCACGCACUACCUGAUCCUCUCUAAGACGUACGAGGAAGUGGCGUCCAAGCUCGACGCUGGCGAGGAAAGGCCGGCGAAGAAGAAGAAAGCAAGCGCCACCUCCGCGGCGGAGACGUUCUACUUCCAUCCCGAAGAUGAAGCAUUACAGAAGCAUGCACUCGCGCAUUGCAGCUUCGACUACGCGAAGCAAGGCGACGAAGGCGCGAGUGAUUCGAAGCGAGCGUUCCAAGAUCUGGGAGUCAGGCCGCAAGGUCACUUGAUCUUGAUGGAUGCGAUGAAGUUUAGAGAUGCUGUCAAAGCUGUUGAGAGUUAUUUGGGCUAUCCGAGCUGAGUUUUCGCUUUCCUGCAUGACAGCGCCCAGACAUUGUCGCCUACGCUUACGCAAAAGUGGCGUUCUCAGAGAUUACGCUGUGCUCUCGUAGUGCGCGGGCUCCAAGCGUCACCCAUUCGACCCAGAGCGGCGCAGGUCCGUGGUCCUCUACAUACACUGCCCAAGCCAUGUGUCUGCGCCUACGCAGGCGCGGUGCCAAGAGCAAACACACCUCGCUCUCGUAAAGGACCGACUGCGAAGCGUCACCAACACGCUGCGGCCAUCACCGA